CAGGAAGCAAGUUUGAAAAAUGUAGACUAACAGAAGAGGUGGUAGAUGUACGUACGCCUAGCUGUUGUUGUUGUGUUCACAAAUUCACUAGAAAGCAAUUGCUGUAUUUUAUAUAAUCAAUUAUAUGAGAUAAAGUAGUAGUUUAAUUUAAUUGGGCUGUUUCUAGUUAAGUUUAAUACAUUUUAUUUGACGUUAUCCAAUACCGUCCAUAAUACAAACACAGUGGAUUUCUUUAAAUGACAAACUACAUGUUCAACAAGGAAGUUUUGAUUAUUAUUUAGGUAAAGGCAAUAACCUAAAACAAAACACUAAAGUUGAAGAAUAUUUUGUAAACUACUUUUGUGUGACAAGUACCAUGUCACAGAAUGCGCUGGUCGGGAUGGAGAGUUCGGCUGUUACCGUGCUAACGAGAGCUGUGGAACUAGAUACGAGCUCGAGGUUUCAGGAGUCCCUUAUCUGUUACCAGGAAGGCAUCCAGUUACUGUUAGACGUGCUAAAAACUACUAAAGAUGACUCAAAGAAGCCCCAUUACAGGCAGAAGAUAAAGGGUUACAUGGAGAGAGCAGAGCAGAUUAAAAUCCGUCUAAAUCAAGAAAAAGAAGAGGGGAAGUAUCAUGAACAGAUCAAAAUCACAGAGAAUGCCAAAGGCUUUAGUUUUGAAAAGCUUUUUAAACCCUACAUUAAUGAAGCAUUAACUGAAGUUUGGGUGGAGGAUCCUUACAUCAGACACAUUCAUCAGCUGUAUAACCUUUUGAGGUUCUGUGAGAUGCUUUUGAAAUCUCCUUGUGAAGUCAAGACUAUCCAUCUGCUGACAUCCCAAGAUGGUGAAAACGCAAAUCAGCAGACAAGUGCUCUUACUGAGAUUCAACAGUCGCUUAAGACACAUGGGAUAACACUGACGAUCGACUAUUCCACAACAAUCCAUGACAGGGAAAUCAGGUUCAAUAAUGGUUGGAUAAUAAAGAUUGGUAGAGGACUAGACUAUUUUAAAAAGCCACAGAGCCGGUUUUCCAUUGGCUAUUGUGACUACGACUUGAGAGAGUGCCAUGAAACCACUGUAGACGUUUUCCAUGUAAAGCACACAAAGCAAACAUAAUGGACAAUAAGACACCAAAGAACCUUGUAUCCAACCUCCUUCUGCUGGCAGUUACAUGUAAAUCCUAUUGCAGUUGAAGAGCCGUGAUAUAGAAUAUAGAGGAAAUCGCUGCAUAGUGCACUACUUUUAAGUACUACUCUAUAGCAUAUAUUCCCUUCAAAAUUGGGUUUGGAAUAAGGUAGGGGAUCAUUUUUAAAAUCAGCUUUAAAAUUCAUUUUCUUCCCUAUUAUUGACACUAUUAGGAUUUUUCUGUAUUUGCUUGCUUCUUUUUUCAGGAUUUUUAAAAUUAUUUUUGGUACCCAAUCCCUUCCUGUACUGUAAGUCAUGUGGUCUAAUUUGUAUUAAAGAAAAAGACAAGCAAACAACCAAGGUAUCUUGAGCACACGAAAAGUGAUAGUGAUAAUGUUGCUAGUGCAAAUAAGAGGUACGAACGUGGAUUUAAAUGGCUACCCUUUAAGUGUAGUUUUGUUAACUGUUUAUUCCUUCAAAUCCAAAUUUCUACUUCUGUCUAUUGCUUGACAAUAGACAGCUUAGAUGAUACCUGAGAAAGGCAAAAUGAUUACAUUCUCACAGAAAUACAAAAUUAUUUUACAACUCAGACCAAUGGUGUAGUAAAGGAUAGAUAGAUAUAUGUAUAUUAUUUUUUUAAACUUGUAUAUUCAUUUAAUAGUGCAUCGUUGAACAAUUUUGACACUUACUGUAAAUGUUAAUUGUUCUGCAUUGUGACUUAUGCGUUACUGUAUGUUACUAUAAUUUUUGCCAUUUACAGCCAAAAAUGCUAUUUUUAGUCAUGUGAGCAUUAUGCAAGAAUGGAUGUAAAUGUGAUGUAUCAUACCUUUAAUGUCACGUUAACUACUAUGCACAAUCAAUAAUUUAAAGCUAGACUUGUUUUAAUUUUCAUUUUUGUAUUAUUGUUUUGCGACUUACACUUUUAAAUAAAACAGCUGUCUGUUUAUCUACUGUAUUUAUACUGACAAAAUUAAAAUUUGAUGAAUUUAUAAAUUUUAAAUUAUAUGUUGAUCAAAUUAAUAUGUACAAAAAUAAUUUGAUGAUUAGGCUACCUUUUCUUGCAACUACUAAAGUUAAAACACCUGCACUGAAGCAUGACACACAGAUGUCAAAUUCCUGACACCACAGGGCAUGAACUUGGGCAAGUAAUUUGACUUUCAUCCCACCCAGCUGCUACUUUAAAAUGUCUGUUGAAUCUCAGGUGUUAAUUCUGUGUUGUGGAGUCAGUCU